GUCACAUCUCUAACAACAACCAUAAGAAGACGUAGCGUAGCACAGGUGUAUUGUCCAUGUGUUCUGUUUUGAGGUUAUGUUAUUUCUUUUGAUUUGAUAUAAUUUAUAGAUACACUAAGUUAUUAAUGUGGUUAAUUUGGAUGGUUUGCAAAUAAUUCAAUCUUUUUGAAGGUUGUUGACCAAAAGAAUUAGUACUGUACAGUGUCCUUCAUUUAGUCCUAUAUAAUGGCUGGAACAUCUUUGGCAGAACAGUUAAAAAAGUUAGCUGUUCCACAGACAUCGAUAUUAGUUCAUAGCAAGAAGAGGACUUCCUUACUUUAUAACCCAAAAGAUGCUGCUGACAUCGAUCGAGCAACCUUUUACAAAAUAGGCCUAAGUGGAUUGGAGGAGCUGAAAACCAUUUAUGCUCGUUUGGCGGAAUUUGAGAAAUCACUGUUUGAUGAAACAAGCCUACAUCUGGAACGGGCUGUGGAAGACCAACAAGCCAAUGCUAAACUAGACCAGCUGAUCAACAGAUUCCUGAUAUUGCUUUCGCCAUAUUUGAACUUGGACCCAGCGCACAAGGCUCUGGAAUGGCUGAUUUGCCGAUUUCACAUUCAUCAAUACAACAUUGAUAGUAUCAUGGCCCUAAUUAUGCCUUACCAUGAUACAAACAUUUUUGCAAGAAUGAUUCAGAUUUUACCUCUGGAAGGGAGAGGAGGCAAGUGGAUUUGGCUGCAACCAUUGAAAAAAGAAGGCAUUCCUAUGUCAAAAAUCUUUCUUCUGUCAAGAGCAUCCUCUGAUACUUCAUUUUUCAAGUUUAUUUGUAAUCUUCCCCUGCAAGGAGUUCAGGUCCAUGGUGAAGAAAGUGUGCGACUCACAACUCUGUUUGCAUUUUAUUGUACUACUGUGAUUGGGGCACUUCACCAGAGCCCUCACGUAUCCGAGGUUCAGGUGACCCAUCUCCUACCUUCCCUCAUCGCAGGUCUCAGCUCCUGCCACUUGGACUUUGCCGCUUCUGCCUUCAUGAUCCUUGGAUAUCUUGUCACCAAAAUCCACCUCACUCCCAGGAUCUUCAGUGAACUUUUCUACAAAGUUUGCAAAAGUGACCAGUCGAGCCUGCGCAGUGAGGUGACACUAGCACUGGUGGUGAUGUGUCAGUCACAUGUUGGCCACACUCCUUCCCUCCUCCCCUCCUUCCUUCACCUGGCCACAUCCUCCUGGUUCCUGUCGUCCCUUGCCCAACAGGCCCGUGAUGGAGUAGUAGUCUACCCCUUGGUAGCGGCUGUCAUCACCGACUGUCUCACAGCUGACAACACAACACUCCAGGACUUUGUGUCCCAGCUGCUGGCAGAGAUUGCAUUCAACAACGACGAGGCACGGAAUAUGGUGAAGCUGUUUGCUGAUAAACCCCUAGUCAACAACGAGUGGUUUCGCAACACACUGCACCAACUGGAGAAGUCGUACCCAGAAGCUUUUGAUGAGGCUGUCAAAGUGCACUCUAACUUGCUUGGGCUGAUGCCUGAUUACUCUGCUCGGAAUGAGUUGUUCCAAAAAUUGAACCAUCCUCAAUGGCAAGUUCGUCUGCAAGCAAUUGUUCACAUCAAAUCUCACAUGGAGUUGCUCAAGGAACAGUGGGUUCAGGAAACUCUGCUAACUCGACUAUCCGAUGACAAAACUCAAGUGUUAGUUGCAACCCUAGACCUGGCCAGCCACUUGCCUCAGAUGCAGUUGAAUGAACAGCUGAUCACUUUGAUUGCUCGAUGCUGGCACAAGUUCAAACUUCACUCAGUUGCUCCGGAAGCACUCGCUCGUCUCCAGUCCAGUCAGGCCGAGCCCGACCCAACACUCGUGUUGCUGCUGACUCUGCCCUUCCUGCUGCCUUCUGACGAGAAAGAAGUGGAAAUGACAACUGCAAUCAAAGUACUUAAGUGUACUGCAGUCAGACAAAAUAAUCUUUUGAAAUCUUUUAUUGAAGAACUGGAGAAUGAAGUGGUAGAACCAAAGAGCCUUCCUGAAAAGGUCUUUAAAUUCCUCCAGAAGGGGUUGGAAGGCGUGGACCUCGAUAGUGUACUUAAGGCAGGCAAACAUCUGGAACCACAUGGUAAUGUGUAUCAGCUGAUGACCUUGCUUGUGUCAGCUGCUGUCCUGCCCAUCAAUGUUUCGAUUGAUAAUAUCACCUCUCUACUUCAACGGUUGGCGGAGUACAAUAGUUCUUCGGAGUUAAGCUCCGAUAUUCGCAAGGAUUUAGAUGGAGAAAGCUUAGGUCACAUUGUAUCUUCUUGCCGUGACAAUAAACUGCCUUUUCAAGGUAGUCUGUACAUCUUGUCGAAAGUGAUGAGAAAAAUAAAAUAUACAUUUCCUGAGAAAAAUCACAUUUUUGAUGUUAAAGACCCAAGAGCAGCUCUUAUGAUUAAUAUUUUUAAACUUGCAAUAAAGAUGAAAACGUCAAGGAACAAGUACAUCAGGAAAGCAUACUCAAGCUACUGUGAGAAAAUGUUUGAGAAAUGCUGUGAAACGCCGGAAAGUCAAAUACAUCUGCUGAGCAAUGUGGCACUUGGAUGUCCAGAGAUAGCAGCAGAGUGCAUGGCGUGGCUGGGGUUGCUUGUGGAGGAGUCAGCCUGUCUUACCGAGACAGAGUGUGUACUGGUGCCUGCGCUGUUGGUAGCCCUGCACUCGCCAAAGGACGAUGUGCGCCACAAUGCGCUCACUGUACUCCAGAGUCUUGCUCAGAAAUUGGCUCUGCCCGUGUACCAUAAGCUGCUGGACCUCCUCACACAACACUACCAGGAGAUCCAAAUUGACCAUGAACAGAUAACCGUGGUCCUAUACAUGCACUUAUCACCUGACCCAUCAGUAAAGUCACUUCAGGAGAAAGCACAGCGACAGGAGAUGGCCAAUGUUCUCACCAGUCUGAUGGACAUAAUAAUAGCUCCUGGUACGCCGAUGUAUGUAAGGUCAUAUCUCCUACAACUGUUGGACCAGAUCAAUUCACAAAGCUUGUUGGAGAAACUUGUGCCACUUGCAAUGAAUAUUCUGCGGUCCCCCCUGCGAUCGGAGGAGGAGAGCAGUGUUCUUACAUUGAUUGUGAAGAGAGUCUGUGCCAGCACCGCUUCAGCACUAAGUGUCGAGAAGGUUUGGCUGUUCGUGGAAACUUGCUUGAAGGACCACAAGCCUUUGUGCACUAAUGGCGCCUUGCCCGCUGUACUCAUGCUACUCCAGAUUGACAAGGAACUGUUCGCCACAUUGAGCACCGAGCUGCAGCGCAGGCUGCUGUCGCUGAUUGUGAGUUGUGUUGCAACGGCAGAGAGCAGUGAGGUCACCAGUGCUGCCACUUCCUGUGUCAAGCGGGUGACACUGGAUGCUGCUGUUGUGGCCAGCCUGCUGGAGCCUAUGACAGCAGACCUGCCUCCCACUCCCGUGUCCUCUGCUACCACAACCAAAAGAGGUUGGACUGUGAAGAAACCUCCAUCCCUAGAGCUACUCACUUCCACGCACUGGAGGCAGGGCUUGUGCUUGCUGGAGUUUAUUCAAAACAAGAAGAAACUGGAGAAUGUUGAACUUCUUCUGCCUAGAUUAUUUCAAAUUCUAAACAGAUGUCUGCAGUUCGAGGAACAGUCGCCAGUGGAAUACACCAAGCAAGCACUACUUGGCAGCCUGCUGCAGUGUUGUGUCAAACUGUCCCCGGAUGGUAGACCAGUGGACCUGCCAGAGGCCAGCUUGCAGGUGGAGCUGGUUGUAGAAUGUAUAAGGGUCUCCCAGAAUCCUCAGACCCACCAUCAUGCACUACUGUUGCUGGCUCACAUGGCCAACAUGAUCCCGGAGAGGGUGUUGCACUCAAUAAUGCCUAUAUUCACUUUCAUGGGAUCAUCUGUGCUGCGUCAGGAUGAUGCUUACAGCUUCCAGAUCAUCUCCAAGAUUGUUGAGACCAUCAUUCCGAUUCUGAUGAAGAGUAAGGCAGUAGGGGCGGAUCUGACUCCAGAGCUUGUGGGGGUCCUCCGGGUCUUUGCCGGAGCCCUCUUGGACAUUCCGGAGCACAGACGGAUCCCUCUGUUCACCAAGUUGCUGACCACCCUCCGCGAGGGCCAUUUUCUCUGGGUCCUUCUGGCUCUUGUGUUUGAAAGCCAUGUCUUGCAUCCCUCACAAGACAAUUCUGCAGUCAAAGAGUCAGGUUCUAUCCCCAAAAGGUUGGAGGUGGGUUUGCACUUGUGUCAUCAUUUUACCCCUGCCACAGUGCUUUCCGCUGCCUGCCGAUUGAUUCACUACCUCUGUGCUCUGCCAGUGGAUAAAAAUGAUAAGAAGAUGAAGAUAUUCAAGAAGAGCACUGAGGGAGCCUUGUUCGAUGUGGAGAAAGCCACGGACAAGCAGCUGCGACACUACACCUACACUGGCCUCACGUUUCUGUCUUUCUUGUUAUCAUCAAAACAGUUCCUUCGACUGAUGGCAGCAUUGUCAUUGGAAGAAGUACAAGACCUGAAGGACAUAUUUCAACAAAUUUUUGAAGGCGUUCUCACGCUAACGCAGAUUGUGUCCAAGCAAGUGGACACAAACAGUGGGCAACUGACAACCAAGUAUUGGAAAUCUAUGUUGAACAUCUGCUUUGAUGUAAUGGCAAAGGUGAAUGCCCUGCUGCCUGAAGAAAUGUUCCUACACGUUGUGACCAGUUUGCUAGACCACCAGCUGAUCUCUCUGCGUUGCAAGGCCCUAGAACUGCUUAACUGGAGGCUCCAGCAGGCCCGGCCCCUGGACUCUGCACAAUUGCUGACUCUACUGCCCCCCUUAGUGUCUCUCGUCCGGUCCACUGACAGUUCACAAUCUGAGAAUCAGCUCAUGCAGCAGACAGCUCUUCUGUCAAUCAAGUUCCUAGCGAGGCAGCUGGCGGCCUCACAUCCUGAAUAUUUCCAACAGGCAUUCAAAGCAGCUACAAGAGUGGUGAAGAAGAGGUCUAUUCAUGAUCCUGUGUUGGCCUCUGCAGUUCUGUGUGUCGGAGAGCUCUGCCAUACACUCGGUGCUCACGCCAUCGCUUGUCUACCAGACUUCAUGCCUCCCAUCAUCGCAGUCCUAGGGAACCAUUCACUCCCAACUAGUGGAGAACUUCUGUUGUUGAGUGUGGUGUCGGCCGUUCACAAGGUGGUGGACAGUCUGGCAUGUUUCCUUAGUCCCUACCUGGCCCAGCUGUUGCAGCAAUUAUGUGUGCUUUCGGGGAACUGUACCGCAUCUAGUGACAACCCCAAACUACAACCCGUCCUCCAGAAAAUAAAAGCCAUCAAACAGAAGAUAUCAGCUGAUGUGCCGUUACGAGUCUUGCUUCCUGCGGUGGCUGAGAGCUACUCCCAGCUGAUCUCUUGUGCUCAGUUGGCUGCUGUGUCGCCCCUGCUCUCUCUCCUGGGAGACAGCUUCAAGGCUGGCACAGUCCUGACACCAGAACUCACAGCUUUCCUCCUCUCCGCCUUGGACUUCCGGUGCCAGGCUGCAUCCCGAGCCGAGAUAGAAGCAGUUGAGCCACCUGUUAUCACUGCCAUUAUCGCUCUGGUCUUUAAACUCUCAGAAUCAUCCUUCCGUCCUUUCUACUACAAAAUAUUUAACUGGGCAUUCCAGUCUGGUGCCCACAAAGACCGUUCCAUCACGUUUUACAGAUUAACUUGUGGCAUAGCUGAAGGACUGAAAGGCUUGUUCGUCUCAUUUGCUCAUUACUUCUUGAAGAACGCAUCCAUGCUGUUAGAUGCCAACAAUAUUUCUAAGCAAGAGCUUGACUGGAGCGAGGAGAAGGCUGCAGAGUUGGUUGAAGCGAUACUCAAGGCCCUUCACACAGUGUUUGUUCAUGACGCCAGCCACUUUGUCAACAAAGAGCGUUUUGAUACUCUAAUGCAGCCCAUUGUCGACCAGUUGGAGAACGAGUUGGGUGGGAGAUUGCAGAUGGAACAGAGGAAUACAGAUCUCGUCAUCCCCUGCCUCACACAAAUGGCAGUGAGUGCAGCAGACGACACUCUGUGGAAACAGCUCAACUACCAGAUCCUUCUGAAAACCAGACACAAUAAUUUCAAGGUUCGAAUUGGAGGCAUAUUGGCAGUCUGUGAGGUUGCUAAAAAGCUGGGAGAAGAGUUCUUACCGCUUUUACCUGAAACUGUUCCUUUCCUAGCAGAGCUUUUGGAGGAUGAAAAUGAAAAUGUUGAGAAAGCCAGUCAAAGAGUGGUCCAAGAACUGGAAGCUGCAUUGGGUGAACAGAUCAGUAAAUAUUUUUAACUGUUUUAAACUAUUCUGUUGUUUAUUUAUUGUAUAUAGUUUUAUUAUAUAUAACUCUUUUUAAUUCUA